UAUGAACAAGACCAAAAGAAGAAAUGUUAAUAAUAAUUCACAUAUGUGAGACCCCACUAGAGAUCAAAUUGGUUGCCAGAAAGGCUUCACAAAAAUGGCUCCGCGAUUGCCGUUUUUGUCAGCAAUUACCAAAUAUAAAUCACCCAUUUUGUGCUAUGUUUUUCUCUCACGCAUUUUCACAAACACCUUCUGGGGAGGAAAUACAAACAAGUUAUGCCAUGGCCAGGCCUCAAAAGCGCUACCGCGGUGUAAGACAAAGGCAUUGGGGUUCUUGGGUUUCCGAAAUUCGCCAUCCUUUAUUGAAAACAAGAAUUUGGCUGGGGACAUUUGAAACGGCGGAGGAUGCAGCGAGAGCUUAUGAUGAAGCUGCAAGAUUAAUGUGUGGCCCAAAAGCAAGAACGAAUUUUCCAUACAGUUCAAGUGCAAUUCAAUCAUCAAAUUCUAGGAUUUUAUCGUCUAAUUUGACUGCGAAAUUGCAUAGGUGUUAUAUGGCUUCUUUGCAGAUUAGUAACCAAGGUUCAGGGGAGUUUAAAAGGGACAUUACCUCGGCGUUUCCGGCACCGGCGUCGACGAGUUCGGUGGUGGAGGAUAUUAAACCGGCGGCGGAAGAAGGGCCGUGUGCGGCGGAUUGGAUGGUGAGAAGUGUGAAAAUGGAGAGUGAAUUUGGGGAACUGAAAUUGUUGGAAGAUGAUCAUAUUGAGCAAAUGAUUGAGGAGCUUCGUUAUUAUGGAUCCAUGGAGUUUUGUUUGUGAUCCAAUUGAGAUUUAUAAAAUGUAAAUUAAAGGUUAUCGAAGCUAUUAUCCAACAAUUUUGUCACAAAAUGUUUAGAUGAAUGAUUCAAAACCGAGGACCGAAUGUUCAAUGAUCUCUUU